AUGACAUCCAAAGAGAUGAGGAGAGAGAAUUACAGCCAAUUUGCCUGCAUCGGCACAGGCUUCUCGGCAAUCUGUCUUGGCGCGACAUUGAAGCGUUGGUACGGCAUCAGUGAUAUUCAAUUCUUCGAGCGAUAUUCUGAGCUAGGUGGUACAUGGUUUACAAAUACAUACCCAGGCUGUGCUUGUGACGUUCCCGCUGCUCUCUAUAGUUACUCCUUUGAGCCAAAUCCAAAUUGGAGUCGGGUCUUACCAUCCCACGAUGAGCUCUGGCGAUAUCUUAAUACCGUGGCAGAAAAGUAUGAGUUGCCUCCCAAGAUGGCCUUUGGGAUGAGUGUGGAAAAGUGUGAAUGGAUAGAGCAGUGCAAGAGAUGGCGCCUCACCGUUAGACAUCUAAAGACCAAUGGAGUGUUCUUCCACGAAUGCCGGUUCCUCUUUGCUGCGGCGGGCCAACUUGUUCAACCUCGCGAGCUUGGAGUUCCGGGUGUUGAUAAAUUCCAGGGGUCUAUUUUUCACUCUUCGAAAUGGCCUAGAAAUCUUGAUUUGGGUGGCAAAAAUGUCGUUGUGUUUGGGAACGGCUGUACUGCAGCACAGAUUAUACCUUCCAUUACGCCCAAGUCAAAGCAUGUCACGCAGAUCGCCCGGUCGAAGCACUGGAUUCUACCACCCAUUGAUAACGCCAAUGCAGCGCUUCUUCGAAAUAUCUUCAAGUAUGUCCCGGGUACCAUGGCUCUGCAACGGCUCCUCAUGUUUCUGGUCGCGGAGAACGAACUUAGAGGGUUUCCCAUGACUCGUUCAGCAGCCAACUUUCGCCAUCGCCGCCGUGCCCAAGCGGAAAAGUACAUGAGAGACACAGCACCAGCCAAGUACCAUGAUAUGCUAAUCCCAACGUUUGAGAUUGGGUGCAAGCGGAGAAUUUUUGACUCCGGGUAUCUCGAAAGUCUACACUCUGAGAAUCUUACUUUGACAAACAAACCUGCUGUGGAGAUUCUAGCCAAUGGCGUCCAGAUGGAUGAUAGCUUCAUUGAGGCGGAUGUUAUCGUCUUAGCUAACGGCUACAUUACCAAUACCUUUCUGGGAGGUAUCGAAGUUAUUGGUCGAAACGGGUCGCUCAAAGAGCAUUGGAAGACAUACGGUGGCGCUGAAGCAUACAAUUGCUCCUCGAUGAGCGGAUUUCCGAACUUCUUCAUGAUUUUAGGACCGAACGCCGCCACUGGGCACACCUCUGCCAUUUUAGCUGCCGAGAAUACCGUUAACUUUGCAUUGCGUAUCAUUAAGCCCAUUUUAUAUCAGGAAAGAGGCGUCGUGGACCUGGAUUCGAACGCUGAAGAUCGCUAUGUCGAGCGUAUCCAGCAUGAUCUCUCCAAGAGGGUUUGGAACUCCGGUUGCCAGAGCUGGUAUAUUGAGACCAGUCCAGACAAGGCCAAGACAUGGAAUGCAAUGAGCUAUCCAUACUCUCAAACAUACUUCUGGUAUCGUAGCUUGUUUCCGACGUGGAGUGAUUGGCGAUUUUCUGAUGUUGAUACUUCGCCAUCCAAGGUUCCGUCCAAAGCAUUCGGGUCGCUGCUUGGGCUUGUUUUUGUGGCCGGUAUAUAUCUCUAUUCUAGCCACGUUAAAGUAGCUUGGUCGUGGGAUCACUUUGGGCUUGCGGAUUUCAGAGAGUUUUAUAUGAUUACAACUCUGAAUUCACCAGGAAAAUUCCGUUUAUGGAAAGAAGUUUAUACUUGA